AUGUUUAUUAUGAUUCCCCGCGCGAGCUUACUACCCAGUGCAGAGAACUUGAUGGGAGGCGCUCCACCCUUUUUUCGCUUGUGCUUUGAAGGUGAACGGAAGCCGCCAAACGAGCACAAGCAUCCCGACGCUGGAAGGUUGAGCGAAACUUUCGAUGCCGUAUAUCAACACGCGAAUCCCCCCGGUAACGUCCAUUCCACAAGGAGAUCAAGGUGUUCUAAGAACGCCAAGGCACUUGUCACGACACGGAAAAACUCCGUUAGAACAAGAAUGCAUUAUGGAGGUGAUGAGGCCGAAGAAGGGGAGGUGUACGAUGGGUCAGAUCAAGAGGAAGCUGAUUCAGACCAAAAUGCAACUUCGGACGCUUCACCGCGACAUCCAAAGUUUACCUCCCAAGGACAACGUCUGCCUAUGAGACCCGGAGUUGCAUCGGGUUAUUUAAAAUCUGACCCACACUAUCGACGCUAUCCCAUCCCUCACGGUCCCGUUACAAGAACAUUUCCACUUUCUCGUUCUACUGACCAUCUACCACCUAUACGACCUGUGCACCAUGACACCGGGACUCGUGUCUAUGAAGCACCAGAGAACAAUUCAUAUGACGGCCGCUCUCAGACAAACCAAAAUGACCGUUCUCAUCCGGCUGAACCAAAUGUCCCAUAUUCUCACGAGCGUCUGGGACCUCCACCUCAUUAUCCUCCACGGCCGGAACUACCGAAUGGUCCUCCCCCACUUCCUUUCCCAAAGCCUCAACUGCCUGGCCUCCCCGCACCACCGUUGACAGCAGUUGGGUCGCAAGAAGAAAUUGAACGAUUCAGUAGAAUCUCAGUAAAAGUCAGCGAGAUGGCUCAGCUGGUUAGAGCGCAGAUUUACUGA